AUGUGUUGUAACUACUACGGAAGCUCCUGUGGCUAUGGCUCCGGCUAUGGCUGUGGAUAUGGCUCUGGCUAUGGCUGUGGAUAUGGCUCCGGCUAUGGCUCUGGUUAUGGCUGUGGAUAUGGCUCCGGCUAUGGCUCUGGUUAUGGCUGUGGAUAUGGCUCCGGCUAUGGCUGUGGAUAUGGUUCCGGUUAUGGCUGUGGAUAUGGUUCUGGCUAUGGCUGUGGAUAUGGCUCUGGCUAUGGAAGUGGCUGUGGAUAUGGCUCCUACUAUAGGUCUGGAUGCUGUGGUUACCGACCAUCUUGCUACAGAAGAUGCUAUUCUUGCUGCUAG